AAUACGGAAAUAAUAAAGAGUUUCGGAGCAAUACGGAUGGGUUUUCGUUUGUCAAUUAGCGCAACCCUUCUAGAGCUCAUCCGGCAGUUUCCAUGGCCGUGAUCAUAUGAAGCCUGAACUUUUUAUAUAGUACUUGAAAAUUUGGUGUUUUCCAGGCAUCAUCUUUGUUCGAUAAUAAAAUUCGGUAAUCGGCUACCUCGAUAAUAAAAUAAUCGAAAUAAAAUUCGGUAAUCGGCUAGCUCUGACUUUGCGCAAGCUUUGCGCUGCCAGUGCUGAUCGUCACUUUACAUCAUGUUAGAAUGCACGGGCGCUUGCAGGGCAGUUACAGCCAGCGCUGAUAAUUACAUUGUCUUCUUCCUGGUUGGGCUGGGUGCUUAUAAUGGAGUAACCCAUUUCUUGGGACAUCCUCGUAUUUCCGAGUUUCUUAAUCACCUGCGAUGUUCGGGUUUGUAUUCGCAAGUGGGGUUUGGGCUUAUUUGUGCACUGCUUGCGGGAGCCUGGCUGGUGGCCUUAGAGUACCUGAUCCAGUUGAUAGUACCUCAGUUUCAGAUCUCCAAUCUGGCCCUUAUACCUGUGGUGUUUUUAGUUUUAGCCGGUUUAGGUUUGCUCAACUUCUAUGUGCAAGAUAAUUUCGUAACUGUCCGCCUUGCCCUCGCUAUUUUGAUGCCUAUGUUACAAGUCGCAGCACUCCAUUUUUAUGUUAUCAGCGAAUUCCGCCAGUGUGUGCCAUUACCAGUUCUUUAUGCGCUUAUUCCUCUGGUCCUUGUGACCAUGAUCUGGAAAACGAUAUCACGAGUAACAGUUAAGCCGCAAUUGUGUCACGGCGCUUCCCCCGCCAGACACACUGUUAAAACGAUACCAGUUCGCUCAACAGCCAGUUUUCAACGUCCACGGAAAGCGCAACCUGAUUACUCACAGCCGUCUCAAGAGCCAGAAUUUGAUUACGCCCAGUUUAAGUGGAGUUACAAAGAUGACCCGGUCAUGAGAAAACGAGACGAUGAGGAAGAUGAGUAAUGAAGUCAAUUGCAUUUUCAAUACUAUGUAAUAGUAUGUACUUAAACUUGUUGUGGCGCUUUUGGUUGGCGCUUACGUGAUAUUUUGCUGAAGUUUUACGGUGACCUUUUAAAUAAUCUGAUGCAUUUUUCGUUACAAAACCUGUCUACGUAAUAAUGAUAAGUAAGUAAAUAUUUGUUCGUUUCAAUGCAGUUCCGCAUAUUCUUUUUAAAUUGAUUAAUUUUUUGUAAAUAUUUCUCUUCUGUUUUGAUUUUAAUAAUUGUUAACAGUUCGUCUACUUGUACUGCUAUAAUACCAUUAAGCAAACUGAAGCAAAGCAGCUAAACCAUUGAAGAAAAAACUGACGAAUUGAACCGGCUUAUUGGAUCGU